AGAGUCGGAGCAACAUAGAUGUUGAUGAACAUGUUUGUGCACUUAUAUGAUUCUAAUAUAGUUAACACAGUAAAGUAUCAAUGAAAAGUAAGGGAAAAAAGGGAAAUAGUGAAAUUUCUCAAGUAAAAAGAAAGAGUAUACUUAUGUUAAACAAAUGUCAAAAUCUGUUGAGAGUUGCUAAAUUGAUGUGAUUGCCAGAAUUCCAUCUGUCUUCUCUUCACACUCUUUUUUAGUCCUAAAAACAGACUUUAAAUAUCUGUCCUUUGCUUCAUUUUCAUCAUAAAAACACAGAGUAGUUAAAUUCACUUAAAAGAUGAAGAGCUAUGUGGAAUGGUAUCCUAUCAUUAUUAUGUUGGCGGUAGAUUUUGCUUUAUCGAUUUGUAAUAUACUUCUCAAGAAGAUUAUCAUGGAUGGUAUGAACCAUUUCGUGUUCAUCACUUAUCGACAGUCCAUUUCAACCGUGUUUUUAGCCCCAAUCGCCUUCUUUCUUGAAAGGAAUAAAAGGCCUAAACUCACCCUUCAAAUCUUGUGCUAUCUUUUCUUGAGUGCAAUCGUUGGUGCAUCGCUUACACAAUACUUAUUCCUUCUUGGCAUACAAUACACUUCUGCAACAUUUGCAUGUGCAUUUCUCAACAUGGUACCAGUGGUAACAUUCCUUAUGGCAUUACUUUUCGGGUUAGAGACAACUAACAUGAAAGAUAGAAGUGGAAGAGCCAAAGUUAUUGGUACAUUAAUAUGCCUUGGAGGUGCCUUUUUACUGACUUUUUACAAAGGCAAACCUUUAAUCAAUUUUUCACACUUAAAAGAUUUAUCUCAAACUUUGGAAGAACCUAUCAGCUCCUCUAAAAGAAAUGUACAAUGGAUAUUUGGCUCGAUGAUCUUAUUCGCUGGAACUAUUUUAUGGUCUUCGUGGUUCCUUAUUCAAGCGAAAAUUGGGAAGAAAUAUCCAUGUCAGUACUCGAGCACGGUUAUUAUGACCUUUUUCAGUGCCAUACAAUCAGCUAUCUUAACUUUUUCCACUGAUAGAACACUUUCCAUUUGGAUUCCAAAGGAGAAGAUCAUCGACAUGUUGAGUGUCGUUUAUACUGGCUUAAUAGGCUCAGGACUAUGCUUUGUUGGAAUGUCGUGGUGUGUUAAGAAGAGGGGACCGGUCUUUACUGCAGCAUUCAGUCCUCUUAUACAAGUUAUGGCAGCCAUGUUAGACGUUCCAAUUCUACACGAACAACUCCAUCUCGGAAGUGUGGUGGGAUCAGUUAUUGUAAUCGUCGGACUAUACUUUUUACUAUGGGGCAAGAAUAAAGAAAUGCAGAAAGUUUCUCAAGAAACUGAAGAGAAAAAGGAAAAAGAGUUAAAUUUCCAAGUUCAUGAAGCUAAUGAUGAACCAGAAAUACCUUGAUAUCAGUAUUUCAAUCUUUUCUUUGAACCAAGUUUCUUUUCUUUUUUCGCGAAAAAAAAAAUGUAACUUUUGUUCAGUAAGAAAAAAGUUUGAGAAACUGUCAAUUACAAUGUUCAAGAAUCAAAAAUCUAUACCUUAAUUGGAUGUACAUAAAAGAUUCUUGCACAUAAAAAAGAUUUAUAUAGUAGCAAGUUGUAAUUAUCAUUUUGAAAAAAUACACAUACAAUAUGCUAGCUGCAUUUGUAGUACUUUUGGUCUAAGUCUGCAUUAAUUCCAAGAAACUUUAGUUUUUUCGAGAUAACUUUCUUUCGUGUGAUUUUAGGUCUAUCUCGUCCCUUUUUAACACCUUUAGUAACGGUAUAUUUGUAGAGUCGAUGCAAGACAUGACCAAACCAUCUAAAGCGAAUAAUACUAUACAAGAAGAACUUCAAAAUACAAGAGAUCCAACAAAGUGAAAAAACAGGAAAACAUGAAAAAAAAA